GGGGGGAGCCGGAGCGGAGCGGAGCCGCCGGUACCUCGGAGCUUCCCCGCGGAGCCCUUCCCGAGCACUGCCCGCCUUUCCCGAGCGCCGCCGCUCCCGUUUGCCCGGCUCCCUGCAGCACCGGCAGCCUCGGAGCGGCCCCGCCGCCGCCCGCACUCGCCCCUGGUGAUUUGUGCCGGGAACCUGGGUGAUUCCUGCCGGGAAUUUGCGCCGUUUCCUCCGGGACCGGGCCAGUUUCUCCUGGAAUCGGGUCGGUUUCAUCCUCCCAGGGAGCCGCCGCAGCGCCGAGGUCCUGCUGAUGAAGAGGAGGUGAGGCCCGAGCUGUAGCUCCCACUCUGUGCUGUUCCCUGCGGGACCUUCAUCCUCCUCCCUCCCCCGAUCCCGCCCCGGGGCCGUCCCGAUGCCGAAGAACAGCAAGGUGACGCAGCGGGAGCACAGCAGCGAGCAUGUCACCGAGUCGGUGGCCGACCUGCUGGCCCACCAGGAGCCCGUGGACUACAAACGCAGCGUCCUCAACGUGACAGGGGACACGUGGGACAAGCAGAAGGAGGGGGAUGAGGAGCUGGAGGCGGAGAACCGGCCGGCGUGGAACAGCAAGCUGCAGUACAUCCUGGCGCAGAUCGGCUACUCCGUGGGGCUGGGCAACGUCUGGCGCUUCCCCUACCUCUGCCAGAAGAAUGGAGGAGGUGCCUACCUGGUCCCUUACCUGGUCCUGCUCGUCAUCAUCGGGCUGCCCCUGUUCUUCCUGGAGCUGGCCGUGGGGCAGCGGAUCCGCCGGGGCAGCAUCGGCGUCUGGAACUACAUCUGCCCCCGCCUGGGAGGCAUCGGCUACGCCAGCUGCCUGGUCUGCUUUUUUGUUGGUCUCUAUUACAACGUCAUCAUCGGCUGGAGCAUCUUUUACUUCUUCAAGUCCUUCCAGUACCCCCUGCCCUGGAGCGAGUGCCCCAUCGUGAAGAACGGCUCGGUGGCCGUUGUGGAGACAGAAUGUGAGAGGAGCUCAGCCACCACCUACUUCUGGUACCGGGAGACCCUGGACAUCUCCAACUCCAUCUCUGAGAGCGGGGGGCUCAACUGGAAGAUGACCCUGUGUCUGCUGGUGGCCUGGAGCCUUGUUGGCUUGGCCAUGAUCAAAGGCAUCCAGUCCUCGGGGAAGGUGAUGUACUUCAGCUCCCUCUUCCCAUACCUGGUGCUUGUUUGCUUCUUGGUGCGGGGGCUGCUGCUGCGUGGGGCAGUGGAUGGGAUCAUGCACAUGUUCACACCCAAGCUGGACAAGAUGCUGGACCCCCAGGUGUGGCGUGAAGCAGCCACGCAGGUUUUCUUCGCCUUGGGCCUGGGUUUUGGGGGGGUCAUUGCCUUCUCCAGCUACAACAAGCAGGACAACAACUGCCACUUCGAUGCCACCCUUGUCUCCUUCAUCAACUUCUUCACGUCUGUGCUGGCCACGCUGGUUGUGUUUGCUGUGCUGGGCUUCAAGGCCAACAUCAUGAACGAGAAAUGUGUGGUGGAGAACGCUGAGAAGAUCUUGGGCUACCUGAACACCAAUGUGCUGAGCCAUGACCUCAUCCCACCCCAUGUGAACUUCUCCCACCUCACUGCCAAGGACUACAACGAGAUGUACAGGGUGAUCAUGACGGUGAAGGAGGGGCACUUCAAAGAGCUGGGCCUGGAUGCCUGCCUGUUGGAGGAUGAGCUCAACAAGUCGGUGCAAGGGACUGGCCUGGCCUUCAUUGCCUUCACAGAAGCCAUGACCCACUUCCCAGCCUCGCCCUUCUGGUCUGUCAUGUUCUUCUUGAUGCUGAUCAACCUGGGCUUGGGGAGCAUGAUCGGGACCAUGUCAGGCAUCACCACGCCCAUCAUCGACACCUUCAAGGUGCGGAAGGAAGUGUUCACAGUUGGUUGCUGCAUCUUUGCCUUCGUAGUGGGGCUGAUCUUUGUGCAGCGUUCUGGAAACUACUUUGUCACCAUGUUUGACGAUUACUCAGCCACGCUGCCGCUCACCGUCGUGGUCAUCCUGGAGAACAUCGCUGUGGCCUGGAUUUAUGGCACCAAGAAGUUCAUGCAGGAGCUGACAGAAAUGCUGGGUUUCCGUCCCUACCAGUUCUACUACUACACCUGGAAGUAUGUGUCCCCCAUCUGCAUGGCCGUGCUCAUGACCGCCAGCAUCAUCCAGCUGGGAGUCAGCCCCCCGGGAUACAGCGCGUGGAUCAGAGAGGAGGCUGCUGAAAAGUUCCUGUUCUACCCAACGUGGGCCAUGGCCAUCCUCAUCUCCCUGAUCAUCCUGGCAUCCCUCCCUCUGCCUCUGGUCUUCAUCCUCCGGCAGUUCCACCUGGUGUCGGACGGCUCCAACGCCCUUUCCGUCACCUACAAGAAGGGACGGAUGAUGAAGGACAUCUCCAACCUGGAAGACAACGAUGAGACCCGCUUCAUCCUGAGCAAAGUGCCCAGUGAGACGCCGUCCCCCAUGCCCACGCACCGCUCCUACCUGGGCCCCGGGAGCAGCUCCCCCAUGGAGAUGAGCAGCGCUCCCAACGGACGCUACGGGAGCGGGUACCUGCUGGCCAGCACCCCCGAGUCUGAGCUGUGAUGGUCGCCUGCCCACCACCCCCACCGGGAGAGGAGGGCACUGGGGAGUGGAUCCUGGCUGUCCAGGCAACAGGAAAAUUAAUUACUAAGGGUGAAGAAGAAUUAAUUACUAAGAUGAAGAAGAAACCCCCUCUUAAAAUCGUAAGCAAAGCAGCCAUUUCUAAGGUGACGUCGGGAAGAAGGGAUUGCAGGAGGGGCAGGACUCCUCUGACAACCCUCAGUGGAAAGGCAGGACCCCUGGACUCACCUCCGGGGAAGGGAAGAGGAGCAAGAGAUGCUGCAAUACCUUUCCAAGAGUUGUUCUCACGCAGCUCAAAUCUGAAGCAAAGAAUCUCUCUUUUCUAAGCAGCUGAUGGUUGGAAAAAGGACCUGGCAGCAGGUGGGAAGCCAAUCACACUUCCUCCUGUCACCCAGAGCUCUUCCCUCCCUGUCUGUUGUCCUUUAGCUGGGAGGAGUCAUGGCCUUAUUCCAACGAGCACAAUUAAUCAUCGAUGUUCAUAGCACAAGAAGGUGCUGUUGUUGUCACCAUCGUUGUUGUUGUUGUAUCUCCUGUAGGUUUUUAUAGCUGUGGACACACCCAAAUAACCCCCCAGAUUCUGACCAGGGUUGGCAGGGAGCAGCGUGGGGCUGGCGGGGAUGUUGGGGUUUGUGAGGCAGGGCAGGGUGCAUCCCUGGAAUCUUUGUUGCCACCAGCACAGGGACGGUGGCUGGGAGUUCUUUGGAGUUGUCACAGCCAUGGGAUGGAGUAGCUGGGAUGCUCCAUGGGUUGGUGCUGAGUGGCAGGAGGACCCCUGAAGUGACAGUGGCUUGGUGUGAGCCUGUGUGGGGUCUGGAUGGGGUUGGUGUGAUGGGGGUCAGGAGUGCUCUCCUGGAAUUACUCCUGAGGAGGGGGAUGCUCUGCUGAACCAAAAUCCCUGGCAUGGUGAUCAUCUCUUCUCACUCCUCUCUUUACAUGUCCCAGAGGGACAAGCAGAGGAGCUGUGGAACAUCCAGUCCUGCCACACUCCUGGUUUAGCUCUCAGGAAACCACCCCUGACUUCCCUCCCUUGCCCCUGCCGAGGUGAGCUGGGCACUGGUUCUCUCUGGACGUGCCUCCUCAUUUCUCCUCGUGUCCCCUCCGAGCCUGGGGUUUGGCAGUGCCUCCUGUCACACCCCACAGGAGCUCAGCAGCCUUUGGAUGGGGGUGACCAGCUCUUGGGGACCACAGGCAUCCGAGGGGCAGCAGCUCCUGGGAGCCAGUGCCAGGUCCCCAGUAGCUCUUGAUCCAGGCUGGGGAGCCCUUGUGAGAGUCCAGGGGCCUCUGUCGUGCCCAUCCAUGUUUCUGGGGGAUCUGACUGAUGUGACCUUAUGUUGUUUCUCCCCAGGCUGUUUGGAAAGGGUGGGAUCUUCUAGCUCUGAGUCCUGCUGGGACUGAGGGUCAUUUCCCUGAAUCCUACCUGUAACCAAGCACUUCUGCCGAGGGUGCCAGCAUAACCUGGCAUCGUCCCCCUUUUCCUUGGGGACACGGAAGCAGCACCCUCUCUCCCCUCUGUUGCCUCCAAAGGCUGGGGAGUGCCUCACCUGGGUCCUGCUGGGCUUAGGUUGUGCAUGAAGAUCUUUGAGGCUGCUCUGAAGGCCACAUUUGUGGGUACUGGUUCAUGAGCCCUUCUCUCCUCUGCUUUCCUGUCAAUUGCUUUUCUGUCACCUUGGUUCUCCUUUUGGCUGGAGAUGAAGGCAGGAAGCAGCUGGUCCAUUCAGCACAGCCCUGACUUUCAGGAUCCCUGGGGCCAGCAGGUUCUCACAGUGACAUCUCUUGUGGGUGUGAUCCUUCAUUCACAGUCUUCUCCACAGACUUGGCUGGUGACCUGGAGACUCUUCCUGGACAAUUAGCUCAAGCCCUUCAUUAACUGUUUUUCUGGGGGGAAGAUGGAGGAGUGGAAUGAACCAAAGCAGCUCAGUGAUGGUUCCAAGAUCUGUGAGUCAGGAUCAGCCAUGUUCCUCCAGAAGUUCUCCCUUCCUCAUCCCCUCCCAUCUCUUUCUCCUUCCUCUGCCCAUGCGGGAGGGACACAGAAAUGUCCCCAUGGCAUCAUCUCUGGAAGGAAGAAGCCCAAAUCCGGUGGCAUUUCCCCGUCAUUAGGCAACAUUUUCCCUCCCAUUUCUUAUGGAAUCCAUCCUCACUGACCAGCAGAACAGAGGAUGAGUCAAAUCCUUGCCCAGCAUCACCUCCCCGACACCCCCGAGCCCGGGGGCCGGAUUCCCACCAUAGCUCCCAUGGAGUUAAUGGAGCAGGACACCUCCCACAGCCACAACACCCAGUCCCAUGUGCUCCACAACACCCAGUCCCAUGUGCUCCACAACACUCAGUCCCAUGUGCUCCCAUGGCAGGAUGCUCCUUGAACCCCAGGGGGAAGGAUCCAGCCCUCCCUCUCUCCCACCCCUGUUCCCAAACCAGCCAGGGAGGAGCUCACUUUCCUCUCUUCUUGCAGCAUCAAUAAGAGGCAAAGUCAAUACGAAGGUAACAAAGAAGCUAUAUUAUAUAUAUAUAUAAGAUAUAUACAGAGAGAGGAGAUGGAAUAAUAACCUAGAGAUUCUCUAUUUCUAUUGUAUAUUUAUUCUGUAAAUGUCACUGUAAAUGCUGUUAAAUGACAAAUCGUAUUCCAAAGUGGCCCAUGACCUAUUUUCAUUCCCAGUGCUGUACAGAUCAAUUCUCAUUCUAUAGCAGGGCAUAUUUUUACCUUUUUAUUUCUUGUGUGUGGUGGGUGCACGUCCCCUUCUCCCCCCAGCCCCGGGGCACCCAGCUGCUCUGGGCAUCCAGCAGAGAGGAGGAGGAGGAGGAGGGACGACCCCUUUACUUUUAUCUGUGGAAAUACUCGUGUUUUGUCGUGGCAUUAGCUCGGUGUUAGACACGGGGUUUGGGGGCUGUGUGUGUGUGUGUUAGGUGUUAGGAGCUCCGUGUUGUCGCCGUGGGAGCGUGCGCGUGUUCGUCCGUAGAUGUGGGGUGGGCGUGUCCGUGUGCGUGGCUGCCUUUAGGAUUAUUCACUUCUGCCUGGACUCGCUCACUUUUGGGGCCUGUGUGGGGGUUUCUCCCGCUCGCCGGGGCAGGUUCUCCCUCCACACACCUUCUCGGGGGGCCAGGCUGUGGAUUGGGCCGACCCCCGUUGGCUUUUAGCCCUAGAAAUCACUUUUCCUCUUUCUCUGCACAGAGGCACAGGGAAUAGCUGCUAGUUGUGAGCACAGGCACUUUUCAGUUUUCCUUCAGGCAGUGGGACAAAGAGGGGGGAGCCGCUGCCGAUAUCCCUGUCCCCCCACAUCAGCUCCUGGCUGGGUUCCCAGCCCAGAUCCUGCUGCUCAGAGCAGUGUGGGGUCCCUGCUGCUGGGUAGGGCAGGAGGGGUCCAAACCCUGCUCCCUCUUUGGGGGGAGGGUGUUCCAUGGGUUCUGCAGAAGGCACAGAGGAGGUUGCUGGAGGGGCACACCCCGUGCUGCUGGAGCUGCAGGUCCAGCCUGUGGGGCUGGAGUUGGGAUGCUCUGUUCCCCAGCACCGGCCUCUGCUGCAGGGACCUUGACCCCUGUGCAGGGCAGGGGGCAUGACUGGAGCUGGGUCCCCAGGAUGUCCCACGGCUCAAUCCCCUCAAUCCCUCCAAAACAGCCCCUUCCUCACCUCUCAGCUCCUGCCCAGACCCUGACAGGUCACAUCCAGCCCCAGCACCUCCCAGGAGCAGCUCCCACUGCCUUCUAAUGGUCCCCACCCUUCCCGAGCGUGGGCCCCGCUGGCAGGAGCGGGGCCGGGUGGCCUUGGUGGCCGGGAGGGACAUGGCACAGCCCCGGGAACACGCAGGAUGCGGCUGCUUCCCCUGGGACAAGCACAACACUGGCGAAACCCUCGUGUACAGGUAAAGCACAGAGCUCUGGUGGCGCGUCCCUGUCCCCGGUAGCCGCAGUAGUUCCCCGGUGUGCCGGGCGGGGCCGGGCAGCGCCGCCCGGGCUCCUCGGCCACCGAGAGAAACCUUGUAAGAGCUGUAUCAGAGUCUGAUUAAAAGUCUCUUCUUACCAAA